ACAAUAUUGCAAGGGUCGAUUUUUCCACGAAAGGCAGUGGACUCGUGGGUCUCCGGUGUAUUUAUCUCGAAUCAAACAUACAUUCAUACAUACCCACCAUUACAAAUAAAAACAACUCCCUUGCAGUUUGGUGUAUAAUCCUUUUUUCCUUACGGAUAUGAAGUUUUUUCAAUUAUGCCUGCACUUACUCACUUUCCUUUUAAUAACAGCAACAGCACCCGCGAUUGCAAAGUACGCCAAGAGAGGGUGCAAUGGUAAGUGCGGGAGAGUUAGGAUUCCAUACCCUUUUGGAAUCGGUGCUGGAUGUUCUUUCAAUAAAUGGUACAUCAUUGGUUGCAACAACUCGAAGCCAUAUCUACCUGCACUCAGCAACCUGGAAGUCUUGGGUAUAAACUUGAGAAAUCAAACAGUCACUGUUAAUGCGCCAAAGACCUCUGAUUGCGGAAACCUAGUUCAGAGUAGCAGUCAGACCACCAGCUUCGAUCUCGGUGAGAGCCCCUUCUGGUUUUCCAAAUCACACAAUAAAUUUGUUUUCGAGGGGUGUGGAACUGCUGCUAUGAUGGAUGGUGGGAGCGUGGUCACAGGGUGUUCAACGGCUUGUCCUGGUGUUACAUUUAGCGAUAGAAACAACUGUUUUGGAAUCGGUUGUUGCAAAACUGCAAUACCUUAUUAUGUCAAGUCGUACAGCAUUAACUUGACAGGCUUGGAAAGGCAAGGGGACGAUGGGGGUUGUGGUUCUGCCUUCUUGGUGGAUGAAACUCUAUAUAACCAAGGAAGGUUUUCUGACCCAUAUAUUUUCAAGAAUACGUCAGUUAUUCCAACGUCACUUCUGUGGACUCUAACAGACUCUAAUAAGUUAACUUGUUGUGAUAACCGUACCCCAGUAAGGCGCAGAGUGGAUGUGUUCAAUGAUACUCCAGUGGAUACAUGGAAAUGCGGCAACUACUAUACAGCGUCAUCAGAAGAUAGCCCUUAUUUAAUAGAUGGAUGCAGGGACUCUGCAAUUCCAAAAUACGCCAAGACAGGAUGCAAAGAUAAGUGUGGGAAUGUGACGAUCCCAUACCCUUUUGGAAUUGGUGCGGAUUGCUCUGUCAAUAAAUGGUACAUAGUUGAUUGCAACUCCUCCACGCCAUAUCUACCAGCACUCAACCACCUGGAACUCUUGGAUGUAAACUUGGAAGAACAGAUAGUCAAUGUUAGUGCAUCUUGGAUCCCUUAUUGCCAAAGCCCAGUUCGAAAUAGCAGUGAGAUUAUGGGCGUUGAAUUUGGUAGUAGCCCCUUCUGGUUUUCCAAAUCACACAAUAAAUUUGUUUUUGAGGGGUGUGGUACUGCUUCUAUGCAUAUGGAUAACGGGAGUAUAAUCACAGGGUGUUCAUCGACUUGCCGCCACGAUACACUUGGUGAUAGAAACAACUGUUUUGGAAAUGGUUGUUGCCAAACUGCAAUUCCUCAUUAUCUCAAGUCAUACAACAUUAAUCUCACCGGCUUGAUAGAGGAAAAAGGUUGUCGGUCUGCCUUUUUGGUGGAAGAUGAAACUUCAUAUGAGAAAUCUGACGAAGGAAGGUUUUCUAACCCGUCUAUUGUAAGGAGGAAAACAUCUGUUAUUGUCAUGUCACUUAUGUGGACGCUAAAAGAUUCCGAUCAAGUAACUUGUUGUUAUAACUACCCCUAUGAAAGAAUCUUAAUGGAUAUGUUUAAUGGUACGACAGUGGAUACACUGAUAUGCUACAAUGAAUGGUCAACAGAAGGAACCCCCUAUUUAGUAGAUGGAUGCAAGUUCGAUAAUGAAGAAAAGCCUACGGAAGAGUGUCGAAGGUGCCAAGAUAUUGGAGGUAACUGUAGAUGGGACACGAUACUUGACGUUGAUGAUGAACUUUUCAGUCGGACUUUCAAUUGUAUUCAUGAUGGAGAAAGAACUUCCUUGCGUGUAAUUCUUGGUGUUAGCAUAAGCAUGGGUGUACUAUUCCUUGUUGCAAUCAGCUAUGUGUUGUACAAAGUGAUCAAAAAAGGAAAAGAAAAGAGGCAAAGAAAAAGGUUUUUUAAACGCAACGGCGGUUUACUUUUAAAACAACAAGAAGAGGCUGAUCCAUCUUUAGUUGAUAAAACCAUACAUUUCACAUCACGUGAGUUGCAAAAGGCCACUGACAACUUCAAUGAAAACAGAAUUCUUGGACGAGGAGGUCAAGGUACAGUCUAUAAAGGGAUGUUAGUGGAUGGAAGGAUUGUGGCAGUCAAGAAAUCAAAAAUAGUUGAUGAAAGCCAGUUGGAGCAAUUCAUCAAUGAGGUGGUCGUUCUAUCUCAAAUCAAUCACAGGAACGUGGUCAAAUUAUUGGGAUGUUGCCUAGAGACAAACGUUCCUCUCCUUGUUUCUGAGUUCAUUCCAAAUGGUACCUUGUAUGACCGGCUUCACAACGAAAUUGACGAGUUCCCAAUGUCUUUGGACAUGAGAUUACAAAUAGCUACUGAAGUUGCAGGAGCACUUGCUUACUUACAUUCGGCAACUUCUAUUCCAAUAUAUCAUAGAGACAUUAAAACCACCAAUAUACUUUUAGAUGACAAAUAUAGAGCCAAAGUGUCUGACUUUGGAACUUCAAGGUUUGUCUCACUAGAUCAAACUCAUGUGACUACCUUAGUCAAAGGUACGUUUGGCUACCUUGAUCCUGAGUAUUUCCAGUCUAGCCAGUUCACUGAAAAAAGUGAUGUUUAUAGUUUUGGAGUUGUUUUAGUUGAACUGUUAACCGGGGAAAGACCGAUUUCUUUAACUAGGUUUGGUGAAAAUAGAAGUUUGGCUACAUACUUUAUGUUAGCUAUGGAAGAAGGGCGUGUUAUGUCUAUUUUUGAUGCAAUGGUGAUUAAAGAGGGUACUAGGGAUGAGCUUCUGAUUCUAGCUAACUUAGCAAUGCGAUGCUUAAAUCUGAAUGGAAAGUAUAGACCAACGAUGAAAGAAGUUGCUAUAGAGUUAGAAACUAUACGAAAAUCGGACAUUCCCUCUACAGUUCUAACAAAUACCUCUCAUUCGGUUUACGAAGAGGAACUAGCAAUCUUACGUUAUGGUGAAUCAUCAUCAACAUUCUUGACUUUAAGUGAUAGCUUUAGUCAGUGAUGCAAAAAUGUUUGUUAAAUUUGAUGUUUUCAUAUAGUUUCAAGAUUGGUUAUAGAAUUAAGUUUAGGUUGUCACAAACAAGUUAG